CCCUAGCAGAAGAAAUCCUAAAAUUGGGACUGUGACUUGCUCAUAGGAUUGCCUGUGUCAUCAGCAGAAGGCUACAGAACACGGAUUCUCUUAAGGUUUCUGGGGCAACAGCCCAGGUGGCCAGUCAACUCCUAGGCUCAGGGUCAUUGUUGGAGGCAUAAAUGUUGCUAUGACUACUGAAACCUCGGUUACGGAACUAAACAGAAAGAAGAGCCUGUCAGUCUCCUCAGACUGUAUCAAGCAAAUCUAUAAACAUGUCUGUGGAAAAGAUGACAAAAGUAGAAGAGGUAUGCAGAGUUGGAAGGAGGGGCUGGGUUGAAGUUUGAUGAGGUUUCCAGAGCAAUUUACUAGUUUUCAAAGGGUCAUGGGACUUAAGAAGAUGGUCAACAGGUGGCGAAAUGCACAUACUGACUGUCUGUGGCAAAUGACAUUGGCCCAGAGAAGAAACCCGUAUGCCACCCUAAAGAUGCAGGACACCAUGGCACAAGAAUUGGCACUGGCCAAAAAGCAAUUACUAAUGGUUCGUCAAGCUGCCCUGCACCAGCUGUUUGAAAAGGAGCAUCAGCAGUACCAGCGGGAGUUAAAUCAGAUAGGCAAAGCUUUUUAUGUAGAGAGACUGUGAUGGCAUCCGAAACACUGUUCUUCCUUUCUCAAUGUGCCUGCUAACCUAGCCUUCUAGAGCCUCUACCACCUUGAACCUCCUUCCCAAAACAUACCCGGACUAUGUGCCUUGGACUUCAGACAGUGCUCCCACUCCCACUUCUCCACUCUUGUUAAUCCCUUGCUACUGUUUGGGAAACAAUCUAUGAAACAACGGUUAAAACAAGAGUGACGCCUUGUGGUCAGAGUGGGAUUGACUGUGUUGAUGUAAGGGGGCAGGGGUGAGGAGGGGUGGACAAAGUGAGUUGAGAAUCCUGAUUUGGUAUAACAAAUAAAAUUAGUUCAUAAAGGCUCAAA